CCUCAAUUCCCAGAUCAACCCGGGCUUUGGGCGGAAGCGGGAGUCUGUCUGCCGCGGGAACCCGGAGCUGGCGUACCCGGGACUUGCGGUGGGACCUGCAGUCCGCGCGUUAGCUCUGUUCAUCUCACUCUGCGCCGGCCACCAUGAAGGACUCACUGGUGCUCCUGGGCCGUGUUCCGGCGCACCCAGACUCCCGCUGCUGGUUCCUGGCCUGGAACCCCGCCGGGACUCUGCUGGCCUCGUGCGGUGGCGACCGUCGAAUCCGUAUCUGGGGUACCGAGGGUGACACCUGGGUCUGCAAGUCUGUCCUUUCCGAAGGCCAUCAGCGCACUGUCCGAAAGGUGGCGUGGUCUCCCUGUGGGAAUUACCUGGCCUCUGCCAGCUUUGAUGCCACCACUUGCAUUUGGAAGAAGAACCAGGAUGACUUCGAGUGUGUGACUACUCUUGAGGGCCAUGAAAAUGAGGUCAAGUCUGUGGCUUGGGCCCCAUCUGGCAACCUUUUGGCUACCUGCAGCCGAGAUAAGAGCGUUUGGGUCUGGGAAGUUGAUGAAGAAGAUGAGUAUGAAUGUGUCAGUGUCCUCAACUCCCAUACACAGGAUGUCAAGCAUGUGGUUUGGCACCCGAGCCAGGAGCUGUUGGCCUCUGCCAGCUAUGAUGACACAGUGAAGCUGUACCGGGAAGAAGAAGAUGACUGGGUGUGCUUUGCAACCCUCGAGGGCCAUGAAUCCACUGUGUGGAGCUUGGCCUUUGACCCUAGUGGCCAGCGCCUGGCGUCCUGCAGUGAUGACCGUACCGUGCGCAUCUGGCGCCAGUAUCUACCAGGCAAUGAACAAGGGGUGGCAUGCAGCGGCUCUGACCCCACCUGGAAAUGCAUCUGCACUUUGUCGGGCUUCCACUCCAGGACCAUUUACGACGUCGCUUGGUGUCAGCUGACAGGGGCCCUGGCUACUGCUUGUGGGGACGAUGCCAUCCGUGUGUUUGAGGAGGAUCCUAGCUCAGAUCCACAGCAGCCCACCUUUUCCCUGACCGCUCACUUGCGCCAGGCCCAUUCCCAGGAUGUCAACUGUGUCGCCUGGAACCCCAAGGAGCCAGGGCUCCUGGCCUCCUGCAGCGAUGAUGGGGAGGUGGCCUUCUGGAAGUAUCAUCGGCCCGAAGGACCCUGAGCCCCUCAAUGGGAAUGUCGUGGCUUCCUAGAGAUGUCCUAAGACUUUCCCAGCCUGAGAAGACCUGGAGAAGCAUCUGUGACCUUCAUUCAGCUUCGCUUACUUCCGUUCAGACUUGGCUGCACACAUGCAGAGCUGCAGGGCCGCCCUCCCUCUGACGUGAGGGCCACAGUAGAGCCUCAGACCUUCAGUGCAUUGUUCUGCCAUAGAUCUGGUUUGCUCUAGGACACGGUGUUAUACUUCGGGGGAGUGAAUAUAGUAUUUAACUGCAAUAUGUAUGUAGGAGAGUGUGUUUCAGUCUUUUCUGAAAUUGUAAGCUGUAUGGAAAUACUCCGAUUCCAAAGUCCUGUCAUUAGAGACGCUCAGUUUUUAGGAAUUCCAUCAUGCACUGUCUGAAGGAGGUCUUCCCUCCCAAUUCCUAGAUAAAUCCUUACACUUAGACAUUUAAUAUUGAAGGAACUUUUCUUUCUUAGUGCAGGUUUAUGUAGAAUAAAAGGACACCGGUGCUUUCCCUUAGAAGCCCUGGAAUACUGCCUGCACCAUUACUGUAUGGAAACAACUGAGGGUGGGUGGGUGGGUAUGAGAAAAUAAAGCCAGAAAGAUACAAGCCCCAAAAGGGAAUUACUACUGGCCACAGGCCGUAUCUUCUCAGCAGGGACAGAUUGCUUCUUCCAUGGAGGCAAAAAACGUAUUGAGGCAGGAGCUCACGGCCCCCUGAAGAACAAGUGUCUGCGGCAUACAUUUUUCUUGUGGAGAGUAAGUAGGAAAAAGAUGCUUCCAAGGCCCUGCAGAGGAGCUAACAGCAGAGUGGGAAUGUUACCUGUGUAACCAGCUCUUCAGUCUCAGCUUGGCUCCUGACAAAUGGUUGGGGAGUGAGGGUGUCUCCAAGGGAACAGCCUUCACUUACUUUUCUGCCCUGUAAGAGUCGUGUCCUUAGACUGGAGACAGCUGGCAUAGCACCUAGGGCAGUGGUUUCAUGAACCAGAGGUCCCUGGCAUCCUGAGGCCCGUUUGGAGUGGCACUGGUGUGAUCAAGGCAGUGACAACAGACUAGUAGUCCAGGGCUUUAACUGCCUCACACCUACAGUAGGAAUGCUGCCAGCUUCCCUUGACCAUGUCCUUGACACACAGUGAUUGAAUGUAUUAAAUGUUGAGCCUGAGAACACUUCUGAUAUGCUAAGAAAACGAACAUGAUGCUUCUGCACUGAUAAGUAGAAAAGUAGGUGGACAGUGGAGUCAGAGUUGAGGCAGCUAUGUUCUUCUCAGUGUGCCCUUUUUACUAGAAAGAACAAAUGGUAUUCAGACCUGGCUCUGACUGACGUUUUCUGGAAAAUGAACAGAAUAAAUCUUUUACUGGUAAGUGUUGAUUGCCAAUGAUAAAAUCAAAACUUAAAAGCCAAAAUUAGGAUGAGCUUUCCUGGUAGUGAUAUUCACAGAUGUGACUUGUAUAAUGAAAUGCAUUGACAUUUGGAAGAUUACAUAAUUCAGUGAAUCAACAUUUUCCAAAUGAGCAGUGUUACAGAAUCACUGGGGUAAGAGAGUCAAAGUCUGAGGCCAGAGGGUUUAGUGUACAAGGUGCAUAGGUAAAGUUCUAGAGUCCACCACUGCUGUUAAGCAACUAUCUUGUGUAGUCUGGGAGUAGUGUCCAAGAACAGCCACAAUUACUACCUGAAAAGGCUACUUAGAAACUCCCUUUUCCAACCCUAUCUGUGAAAUCAAUUCAAGCCACAUACAACAGACAGUGUAGAAGCAGCUGAGAACUCAGCUGUCUUAGGUCAAGCCAGACGUAAAAGUGACUGCGAAAUUGUUAAGAGGCCACUCUUCUCCCUGGAUUCUUUUGUUUUGUAAGUUAUUUUUCAUAAAAGAUACUAACACAAAGUUGUUUUGAUUUUUAACAUAGUAUCUAUAUAAUGUAGAUAAUAAAAGCUCUUGGAGUCUUUAA